AUGCUCUUCUCCUCUCCCGUAGAUUUGCAACGCGUCUGCUGUUUAUUUGUGACUGAUUUAAAUGUUCCGGAAAUUGUUGAUUUUCGUGAUAAUGUCACACUUUCGUGCAGCUAUGAAAUGAGUGGCCAUACAUUAAAUUCUGUCAAAUGGUAUAAGGACAAAAUGGAAUUUUUCAGAUAUUCGCCGAUGAUGCAUCCGGUCUAUAUAAAAUUCCCUGUAACGGGCGUCCAUUUGCCCGAUGGCAAAUACUAUUGUAAUGAGUCAUCGUGCAAGGUGGAAUUGAGUAUGCUCAGUGCCAAGUCAUCAGGCGUAUACAAAUGCGAAGUGUCGGGGGAUGCGCCACAUUUCCAGUUGGCUGCCAAAGAAGAUAAUAUGACAGUGGCAGCACUACCACAGAGUGAUCCACUAAUAGAAAGCUUUAAUCCCAUGUACCGUAUGGAAGAUUUUCUAAGUGCCACAUGUACCUCUGAUUAUUCUAGUGUACCGACACGGUUGACCUGGUACAUUAAUGGCGAACAGGCAUCUCUUGGCGAACUACAACCUAAUGUAGACACCAGUAUAUCCGCCCAUGGUUAUAUCCUGAGACGUAUAAAAUUACAGGUUCAUUUUUACUUGAGUGGUCCUCGAUUCUUUCAUGCCGGCAAAAUACUAAAUCUCAAAUGUGUUGCGGAAAUUGAAAAUUUCCCUGAGCUAACGCGUGAAACAUCUCUGAAUGCGGUUCUCAUUCCCUACGACAAUUUAAAUAAUCAAAUGUUAAUUCAUGCCGGAUCAAGUGCGACCAUCAACAGUCCUGUGUCCGUGACCUACACAUUGCUCACCGUAGUUGUGGCCACUGCGGUGAUAUUCUCAACAGUUUUCCGCUUCAGCAAGUUAUGA